CAUUUCCUCUCCAAGACUAAGUCUUAGUCGCUCCCUCAUUACGCCGCCGCUAAAGCAGCAGUUGUGCGAUUGGUGCAGCGAAACGCAUCGCUAUAGAUACGCGAUACCGUCGCUGACAAUUUUCAGCCACCGGCGACAGUAGAAGCAGCGCAUCGCCACGCCAACCAGAGACGCAUAGGCGCAUCGCCACGCGAAAACCAUGCUCCUCGUCGCCCGCCGCGCGGCCGCGGCCCUGCGCCAGCCGCGGGCUCUCCGCUGUCUCAGCACCUACGACCGCUCCAAGCCCCACAUGAACGUGGGCACCAUCGGCCACGUCGACCACGGCAAGACGACGCUGACCGCGGCCAUCACCAAAGUAUUAGCGGACCAGGGCCAGGCCGACGCCGUCGCGUUCGGGGACAUCGACAAGGCCCCGGAGGAACGAGCGAGAGGCAUCACGAUCAACUCGGCACAUGUGGAGUACGAGACCGACGCGCGGCACUACGCCCACGUCGACUGCCCGGGCCACGCCGAUUAUGUCAAAAACAUGAUCACGGGCGCGGCGCAGAUGGACGGCGCAAUUUUAGUAGUGUCUGCGACGGACGGCCCCAUGCCCCAGACGCGGGAACAUAUCCUACUAGCGAGGCAAGUCGGCAUCCCGAAACUCGUCGUCUUCGUCAACAAGUGCGACGCGGUCGAGGACGAAGAAUUACUUGAGCUCGUCGAGAUGGAGGUGCAGGAGCUCCUCGAGUUCUACGAGUUCCCGGCGGAGGAGACGCCCAUUGUUCGUGGGAGUGCAUUGUGUGCGUUGGAGGGGACGAACGACACGUUGGGGAAGGAGGCCAUCCUCGAGCUCAUGAAGCACGUGGAUGAAUACAUACCCUUACCUAAAAGAGACGUCGACAAGCCGUUCUUGAUGCCCGUGGAGGACACCUUUUCGAUUGCCGGUCGCGGGACUGUUGUGACUGGUCGUGUUGAGAGCGGUGUCCUGAAGACCGGGGACGAAGUUGAAAUUUUAGGGCUGCAAGAUGCGGUCAAGACGACGUGCACGGGCGUCGAGAUGUUCAAGAAGCAGUUGGACCGGGGCGAGGCGGGCGACAACGUCGGGGCGUUGCUGCGAGGCGUCAAGCGCGAAGACGUGCAACGAGGGCAAAUUUUAGCGGCCCCGGGCACGGUCCCGACGAAGACGAAGUUCGAGGCCGAGGUCUAUGUAUUAACCAAGGAAGAGGGCGGGCGGCACACGCCCUUCUUCGCGAACUAUAGGCCCCAGUUCUUCAUCCGGACGGCGGACGUCACGGGGACCGUGUCGCUGCCGGAGGGCACGGAAAUGGUCAUGCCCGGGGACAACGCGACGCUGCACAUCGAGCUCAUCGCGCCCGUGGCGUUGACGGAGGGCCUGCGCUUCGCGUUGCGGGAAGGCGGCAAGACGGUCGGCGCGGGCGUCGUGUCGAAGAUCACGGGCUAGGUGCUUCGGUGGCGUGCUGCGUAAUUACUAGCUAGUACCCGUC